GCCGUCACCCGCGCGGACUUGCGCCAUGGAAGGAGCGCGGCUGCUGGUGCUGAUGCGUUAGCGGCGCUGCCCCUGUUGCUUGGGAUCCUGCCCGAGAGAGAUCGCAGACGCCGGCGGAGGGAUGAGCGGCAGCGCGGCGCCCCCCGGGCCCGGCUCGGGCUCGGCACCAUGCCGCUUUGCGCACUACUUCGUGCUGUGCGGGAUCGAUGCCGACAGCGGGCUGGAGCCGGACGAGCUGGCGGUCUUAUACCAGUGGCUAGAAGCCGAUCGUCAUGGCAGGAGCUCAGAUACUGCAAACAGAACAUCAGGAGAAAACUUUGACCAGAGCCCCUUAAGAAGAACUUUCAAGUCCAAAGUCUUGGCUCACUAUCCCCAGAACAUAGAGUGGAAUCCCUUUGAUCAAGAUGCAGUCAACAUGUUAUGCAUGCCCAAAGGGCUAUCCUUCAGGACUCAAACCGAUAACAGAGACCCCCAGUUCCACUCUUUCAUCAUUACCCGGGAAGACGGUUCCCGCACAUACGGGUUCGUGCUCACCUUUUACGAAGAGGUCACGAGCAAGCAGAUUUGCACAGCUAUGCAGACGCUUUAUCAAAUGCACAACGCAGAGCAAUGCAACAGCGUCUGCGCCUCGUCGUCGUGCAGCAUGGACUCCCUGGCCAGCAGCCUCGACGAAGGUGACUCCACGUCGCUGGCCAAGAUGCAGCGCUACAACUCCUACGAUAUCAACAGGGACACCCUCUACGUCUCCAAGUGCAUUUGCCUCAUUGCUCCCCUUCCUUUCAUGCAAGCCUGCAAGAAAUUCCUCAUCCAGCUUUACAAGGCAGUCACCUCCCAGCAACCUCCACCUUUACCCCUGGAGAGCUACAUCCAUAACAUUCUUUAUGAAGUGCCCCUUCCUCCGCCAGGGAGGUCUCUCAAAUUCUACGGGGUCUACGAGCCUAUCUUUUGCCAGAGACCUGGGCCUAAUGAACUCCCGCUAUCCGACUACCCUCUCCGGGAGGCCUUUGAGUUAUUGGGCUUGGAGAACCUCAUCCAGGUUUUUACGUGUGUUCUCCUAGAAAUGCAGAUCCUUCUUUAUUCUCAAGACUACCAGCGUCUGAUGACGGUUGCAGAAGGGAUCACCACGCUGCUGUUCCCAUUUCAGUGGCAACAUGUCUACGUCCCCAUCCUCCCAGCCUCUCUCCUGCAUUUCCUCGAUGCUCCUGUACCUUACUUGAUGGGCCUGCAGUCGAAGGAGGGAACAGACCGUUCCAAACUGGAGCUUCCCCAAGAGGCUAACCUCUGCUUCGUGGAUAUCGAUAACCACUUUAUUGAGUUACCAGAGGAACUUCCUCAGUUUCCCAACAAGCCGGAUUUCAUCCAGGAAAUCUCCGAAGUUCUGCUUCAGUUUGGAAUUCCCCUUGAGGGCACCCUCCAUUGUAGCGAGAGUGCCACCAAGUUUAAGAACCUAGUCCUCAGUGACUUGGCCAAUGACAAAAAAAAUGGGAAUGUACCCAGCAACACCAUCAACAUGUAUGAGUUGCUCAAGGGCAAUGAGACUAUUGCCCGCCUCCACGCUUUGGCAAAGAGAACAGGGGUGACAGUGGAUAAAAUGAGUAUCAACAUUCCUCUGGAAGAGAAGGAAAGGAAUGUUAAGCUCCAGUGUGAAGAUGGGGAGCUGAGGGACUACAAACUGAACGUUCAGCUACGAGAGGUCUUCGCCAACCGCUUCACGCAGAUGUUUUCUGACUAUGAUGCUUUCGUCAUUCAGGCGGCGCAAGACAGGGAAUCAUGGCUGACCAACAGGGAACAGAUGCAAAAUUUUGACAAAGCUUCAUUUCUCUCUGACCAACCUGAGCCUUACCUCCCAUUCCUCUCGCACUUCAUUGAAACUCAAAUGUUCGCAACAUUCAUCGACAAUAAAAUUAUGUCCCAUUGGGAAGAAAAAGACCCAUUUUUGCGAGUGUUUGAUUCCCGAAUCGAGAAGAUAAGGCUGUAUAAUGUCCGGGUUCCUUCACUAAGAACGUCUACAUAUCAGAAGUGCAACACAUUGAAAGAAGCAGCUCAGGCCAUUGAACAGCGGCUGACGAAGAUUGAUCACACUGCAAUCCAUCCUCAUUUGCUUGAUAUGAAGAUAGGCCAAGGCAAAUAUGAACAAGGCUUCUUCCCUAAGCUUCAGUCAGAUGUGCUGGCAGCUGGGCCUACCAACAACAACCGGUGGGUGAGUCGAAGCGCUACAGCACAGCGCAGGAAAGAUCGCCUCCGACAGCAGUCAGAGCACAUUGGUUUGGACAAUGACUUACGAGAGGUAAGUGCUGAGUUCUUGAUCCAUCAGAACUCACUGGCAUUCUGGGAGUGGGAUCAGGGCCCACAUCCUCCUGCACGACCACCUAAAAAAUCAUUCUCUGAAUGUAGUCUGAAGUACAUGCAAGAAGCAAGGACCUUGGGGAAAAAUCUGAGGCAGCCCAAACUCUCCGAUCUUUCUCCUGCUGUAAUUGCUCAGACAAACUGGAAAUUCGUAGAAGGUUUACUCAAAGAAUGUCGAAUGAAGACUAAACGUAUGCUGGUAGAGAAGAUGGGCCAUGAAGCUGUUGAGCUUGGACAUGGAGAGGCCAACAUAACGGGUCUGGAAGAGAAUACGCUCAUCGCUAGCCUUUGUGACUUGCUGGAAAGAAUUUGGAGUCACGGACUACUGGUCAAACAGGGGAAAUCUGCAUUGUGGUCCCAUUUAAUUCAGUACCAGGAGAGGGAAGAGAAACAGGAGCAGCUUGCAGAAUCCCCAAUUGCCGUAGGGCCAGAACGAAGGAAGUCUGACACAGGGCUUAUGUUACCUACUCUGAGAGUCUCGCUUAUCAGUGAUAUGAGGCACAUUCAGAACAUGAGUGAAAUUAAGACUGAUGUUGGCCGAGCUCGAGCCUGGAUACGGCUGUCCCUUGAAAAGAAACUUUUGUCUCAGCAUCUCAAGCAGCUGCUUUCCAACCAAGCCCUGGCAAAGAAAUUGUACAAGCGUUAUGCCUUUCUGCGCUGCGAAGAAGAGCGGGAACAGUUCCUCUAUCACCUCCUCUCGCUCAACGCUGUGAAUUACUUCUGCUUCACAAGUGUCUUCACCACCAUCGUGAUUCCAUAUAGGACGGUGAUAAUCCCCAUUAAAAAACUAAGCAAUGCAAUCACCACGUCAAACCCAUGGAUUUGUGUUUCGGGAGAACUGGGAGAUACUGGAAUAAUGCAGAUCCCAAAGAACCUUUUAGAAAUGACAUUUGAGUGUCAGAACUUGGGGAAGCUAACUACUGUUCAGAUAGGUCAUGACAACUCAGGACUGUUAGCCAAAUGGCUGGUGGAUUGUGUCAUGGUCAGGAACGAAAUCACAGGACACACUUACAAGUUCCCAUGUGGAAGAUGGUUGGGGAAGGGUGUCGAUGAUGGUAGCCUGGAGAGGAUUCUCAUAGGAGAGUUGCUUUCAACAGCAUCGGAUGAAGAUCUUGGGAAGCAGUGCCGAACCCCACCUCAACAGAAAUCCCCAACAACAGCCCGGAGAUUGAGUAUCACUUCUCUCACGGGGAAAAAUACAAAACCCAAUGCAGGACAGAUCCAGGAGGGGAUCGGGGAGGCUGUGAACAAUAUUGUGAAGCAUUUCCACAAACCUGAAAAAGAGAGGGGAAGCCUCACUGUUCUCUUGUGUGGAGAAAAUGGUCUGGUUGCAGCACUGGAGCAGGUCUUCCACCAUGGUUUCAAGUCUGCUCGUAUCUUCCAUAAGAAUGUCUUCAUCUGGGACUUCAUAGAAAAGGCAGUUGCCUACUUUGAGACCACUGACCAGCUUGGGGACAGUGAAGAGGAUGUUCUUCUUCAAAAAUCCUCCUGCAAAACAUUUUGCCACUAUGUAAAUGCCAUCAAUACGGCACCACGGAACAUAGGGAAGGACGGCAAAUUCCAAAUUCUAGUUUGCCUUGGAACUCGGGAUCACUUCAUCCCGCAGUGGAUUCCCUUACUGGCAGAGUGCCCAGCCAUCACUCGGAUGUACGAAGAGAACGCUCUCCUGCGUGACCGCAUGAUGGUGAAUUCUCUCAUCAGAGUCCUACAGACAUUGCAGGACUUCAGCAUUGUCCUGGAAGGGUCACUCGUCAAAGGGGUGGAUGUGUAGUGUAUGGCUUUGCAGACCUGCUCUGCCUCUCUCUUCUCCCAAGCAAAGGGAUGUGUUGAAUUUGGGAGAGGGUGGAUCUGUUAAAAUGCAAAUGCUGCUGGUAGUGCCCCACUGUGUGUUUUAAAAAACAGCUUGUUGAUAGGUGAGAAUAGGGUUUGUGGGCAGAUUCUUCGCUUGUGUAGUUUCCUUACUGGUCUGCCCCGAAGCCACAAACAAGCUACGCUGCAGUAUUGUAGUUUUCAAACCAGAGGUUUAGUAUAAAAUAGAGUAUUUUCAUGUGUUCAAUGUGUGUAAAUAGGCUACCUUACUUCAGAAAUAUUACCAAUAUGGAACUUUUCUUAGAAUCAGUGUUCUUGGGGUUGGGGGAGGGAAGGAAAUGUAGCCUAAAACAACUUUAUAGGGUUGGGUGAAGGAGGGAAGCAUUUCUUGCAAGUAUGGGAAAAAGCCACUCCAUCUGUAAAUAUUGUACAAACGUAGCGCGGGGGGCUUUUUUGCAUAUUGCAGAGGAACAACUGAAGACUCUCUGGGGUAGCCACUGCUGUAUUCUUCUUGUGAAUGUAUAUUGUUUGCUCUGUU